AACUUUGAUCGAUGAGAAUUUACAAAUGAUGGAGGGCGUUUGAGGAUCGUCGUGCAAGUCGGAUUUAACCUUUGUGGACAAAAGCUGUUGUUUCUGAGUCGGUGGGGGAUUUAUUUCUCUGUGAUAUAAACUUUUUUUAAAAACCUUUUUUCCGCUUCUUUGUGAAUGAGCUGACAACAUGGGGAUACUGCUAUUAUUUGCUGUCUUGCAAGUGGUGACAGUGGGUUUGGUGACUGCAGGCUGUCCGGUGGUGUGUGAGUGUCCAGCAGGGCCCCCGUCCUGUCCCCCGGGGGUCAGCUCAGUCCCGGAUGGCUGCGGCUGCUGCAAAGUGUGCGCUGCCCAGCUCAACCAGGACUGCCACGAAGGACGGCCCUGCGACCAUCAUAAGGGCCUGGAGUGCAACUACGGCAAUGACGUGGGUCGCACCCAUGGCAUCUGCAGGGCAAAGGCAGAGGGCCGCUCCUGUGAAUACAACGGGCGGAUUUAUCAAAACGGCGAGAAUUUCCGUGCUGGUUGCAAACACCAGUGCACCUGCAUCGACGGAGCAGUGGGCUGCGUGCCCCUGUGCCCCAGUCACGUGCCCCUGGCGUCCCCUUCCUGUCCUGCCCCACAGCUGGUCAAGGUGCCGGGCCAGUGCUGCCUCAGCAUCGACUGCCACAAGGGAACCACCGUUGUCCCCCCAGUGCACCGGCGGCCGCAGCCUCCGGCUUACCCUCCUUACCCCUUCAUUCCCUACCCGGCCUACCCCUACCCCAAGCCUUAUCCAAAACCGUACCGGAAGCUGUACCCCUACAAACCCAAAAAGGAGAAGGACACCAUGGGCAACGAGCUGGUGGAGGUGGGGCGCAAGUGGGACAAGCCACGUGGAAACAAGCACCUGGCGGCCUGGAGGCAGGUGGGAGACCAGUGCGUGGUUCAGACUACUUCCUGGUCUCAAUGUUCUCGGAGCUGUGGGAUGGGCGUCUCCUCUCGUGUUACCAAUGACAAUGCCCGCUGUAAGCUGAUCAAGGAGACGCGUCUGUGCAACAUUCGGCCAUGCAGCUCCAUGUCUAUCCCUGUCAAGAAAGGAAGGAAGUGCUCUCGUACCCAUAAGGCCCCUGAGCCACACCGUCUGUCCUACGCCGGCUGCAGGAGCACCCGCCUGUACAGGCCCAACUACUGUGGUGUUUGCAGGGAUGGCCGGUGCUGCUCGCCCCGUCGCACGCGCACCGCCAGCGUCACCUUCGCUUGCCCUGAUGGCGAACGCUUCAACAGGUCUGUGAUGUUCAUCCAGUCCUGCAAGUGCAGCGAUGAGUGCAACCACCUUAACGAGGCCGCCAUGCCACCACAGCGAUGGCUCUACGGAGACACACAUAAGUUCAUCGACUAGUGGUAUUACCCCUCCCCCCCAACCUACAUUCCUUCACAAAAAAAAAAGACUUUUAACUCCCCCCAUAGAAUAGAAUAGCUGUCCUUAGUGUAUCUUUGAGUAGACACAAGAAAGGUGCACACGUCAAAACAUCUUUUCUGGAAAAUGAUUUGGGGAGGAAUGGGGAGAAGAAAAAUGAAUCAGAUGGGCGCAUCUCCAACUUGGAAACAGUAAAGUGACCAGCCCCUGUUUUAGUGUAGAUAAAAUGUAGUCUCUGGCCUGGCCAGACUACUUAAAACUGUGACAAAAUCUUUGUGGAAACAUGGACGCAACCAGCUGCCAUGUCGCUGCCAUGAACCAAAUGUCCUCUGAACUCUGAGACUUUUGUUCGGGACAGUGGAGCAAGAGCUGACACACACACAAGCAUAAUUGUUGGGAUUUCCUCUGCUGAUGGUGUGGAUUCACAUCACAGAUACUGAGGAAUAGAUCAGACUAGCUAACAGAAAGCUGGCCUGAUGGAGCCAAAUAUGAAACCAGCUGGAGUCAUAUGUCUGUGCACUCCUAAAUCUGAGUAUGGAUAAACCAAAUGAAGACUCACACUCAACAGAAAAGACUGGGACGGUGGUGGUAAAAGAUGGAGGAGCAUUUCAGAUGUUCUGACAGAAGCAUGGCUCGUGUCUCUUCUUGGUAUUUAUUCAUUGGUAUUUAUUGUUGAGACAGAUGUGAUGACACAGUGGCCUGCCACCAGAGGAGGUGGCGCCGCUAUGUUUGGAGCAUCAGCACCGAUGAACGGGGAUCUGAGAGGGACAAAACAGCUGAGAGCUGUCAGCCCUUAGAGGGAGAGGAGGACUCCCACAGAUCUGGGGAUUGACCCCAGGGUUGCAUCAGAGGUCAGAAAGCCAUAUCUAAUGAUGGAUGAUGAAGACUACAGGAGAAGAGGAGGCAUGUACUGGAAAAAGACAGAGUUGAACCUGAUGGUAGAGGCUUUGUACGCAUUAGUGGGGAAUAUGUCAGAGGGUGUUUACACAGCUGGACUCUUCCCCUGCCUUGCCUCCACAAGAAACUGAGACAUUUAGCAAGCACCAGAAGAACAAGCCUGGGAUUCUGGCGUCAAGAAGUCGACUGCCUAAUUCUGUGCAAAUUACAAUCCUGACUCUGAGGGGCAGUGAGAGAAAAUCAGCCACUCUGGUUUGCUGUAAAAAUAAAAUUUGAAAACUGGGUGUACUGAGAUAAACAUGUAAUUUGUGACUAGCGGGUGGAACCGCUCUGGUACUCAGCCUGGCCUGUAAUCGAGCAACAAGCCAGCUCACUGAAACAAAACAAUAACUCAUGCGUCUUUGUGUUGAGUGGUGUCUAUUUCUGAGAAGUGUUGGUGGGGGCUGUGUUGUCAUUUUACGUCACUGUUAAGAAACAGAAAGGAGCUCUAUGGCCAUGCAGAGGACAGGGCCAGAGCUGCCUGACGUCAGUAAGAACCUAUUGCUAAGGACACUUCUAAAAACAGGACUGAAGGAGAGAACUUCUGUAUUAUUCUCUCAUUUUUGUGACUGAAACCCUUUAUAAAGACUGAAGAACCUAAGCAUCUUCCUUAACUGGUAGAUGGGUUUAAGUCCACGCACCUUACAACAACCCUGAAUCAUGACCUAAUCUUAUGCAAAUGUAAUGCAGAGGGAUUGGGAGGUCAUUUCAAACUGAUUUUUUACUGCAUACAUAUUUCAAAGUGGUGAUUCUAAAUUAUUUGAAACACCGUUUAUCAUUUCAAAGAUUGUUUCUUUCAGUUGUGCCAUAAGAUAGUGGUUUAGAUAUUUUUGCAGUUCUCUGUGAAACUGGAAGAUAUUUGCAUUUUCUACCAUCUCUUGGCCACAGUAGGCUUUCUUAGUUAAGAGACUGCUGCCUCUAAUAUUUACAACUUUGUUAGGGGGUUUCUAACUUCACAGUUGAUUAAAAAAAUGUGUUUGAUAUGCGUUUGCCAUUGCUAUUUGCCUAUGUAGAUGCUGUGGUUUUGGUACUGUAUGUCUAGAUUUGUUAAAGGACACUAUAGAGCAGCUAUGUACAGAUGCAUUGUUACCUUUGUAGUUCUAUCUGCUGUAUAAGGGCCAAUCCUUUUACCGAGUUAUACUGAAGUAGUCCAUGUAUAGUUUAGCACUGAACGAGGCAGGGUUCAGAUCCUUUAUGAGCAUUAAGUGCCAAUUUAAAAGCAUGAUGAUUGUAUGUCUACUAGUGAACAUUAAUACCACCUGUAAUAAUAAAGUCAUGCUUUUUAAGAUUGUAUAUUAAAAGAAAAGAUUCACAGAGGCAAAACACAAUUCACCACGUUCCUCACAAACUCGUCUCUUGUUGUUUUACACACAUUUGAAUGAGUUCAUCAUUUUGCCUUUUUGAAUAAAGACAUUUUCACUCACUA